AUGCCUCACACCUAUUUGUCUAAGGUUUUCGGUUGCGGAAUGUGCUCUGCUCCAAAUAGUAUUUCCGUUGUGGAACCAGGGUCCGUCCUGUGCACAUCGCAUAUAUUUUCCUCUCGCUCCCCAACUGAGUCAUUUCGAACCAUCCUCGAUGAAAGUGACUCUUGUUUACCCGGUCGACCAACUCGGAAAGUCUCAUCACCGUAUUUGGGUUCGGAAAGGACGAAGGAUCUACGCUUGAGUACUAUCGUGAUGUUUUGUCCAACGGAAGAGGAAUUAGUAAAUUUUGUUCAGUGUGGGGAUUUUGGUAUGACGCAGACAAGUCCCUGUCGGGCAAAAGAGGUAACGGAAACCGGUGACCCCACGGACAAGGGCUUCGAUUCUGUCGGAUCAACGCAGACGGGCAUGUUUGUGGACCGGGGUCACUUAUUGUCAUUCCUUGAUGAUCCGAGUCAUGUGAUUGCAAGUUUACAUCAAGUUGGAGGUUACCGGAAUAUUCCCAUCUCGGGCCCUCGGGAUUUGAGUGUCCCACGUAUGACAGAUUCGGGAAAAGCUGUCGAGAAUCGUUCCACCAUACCCGAUGUGACUUCAACUUAUUUGUUCUAUGGACCGCAGGAUCAAACGGUCCGUGAGACUCUUCACUUCACAUCCGGCGACCGUGACAUGCACCGAGAAAGCUUUGGCCAUAUAACGCGGGUAACUGGACAUGGCGCCAGUGAUAUUAUGAGACCAAAUGCUCCAGUGGACUUCUCAAGAAAAAUUGGCUCUUCAGCCAGCAGCCUUGUCGAGCCAUCCGGCUCUUCGCUGGUCGACGCGAAUCCUGCCUAUAGCUCUACAACUCAUGAAAUUCGAUGGACUCAGUUCGAACAGGAAACUAUGGCUAGUGAUAGAAAUAUCCGGUCUCUAUUACCCAUGCCCAUUAAGACCGGGUUACGUGAAAGAAAAUCUGGCGAAUGUUCUAUACCAAGGACAACUCCAUCAGCCAAUACCGAGCAACUUUGUCCCACUAUCACAAGUCGCGCACAGGGUGAGCAUACGUUGCCCACGAAAGCAAAUAAAGUGAAGGGAGAGUCUUGUUCAGAUGGUGGCUCGAUGCUUUACGAUCACUCUCUUCCUGUGCAGACCAUUGAAGGACGAACCAUUAACCCGUCUUGGAAUGAGUUAUCCUUGCUGAUGAACCCAUCAGAUACGAUUACACAUUACCUGACUAUUCCGAGCCCAUUUUCUUCGAAUUCAACUUUUGAGUGUGACAAAGAAGGUCACACCAGCUUGCUGGUGCAACAUUCUUUUACACGGCACACAUCCAUAUGUCCGUUCACAUGCACGUACACCACUGAUCCGAAUGAGGCCUAUCCAAACAGACACUUUUGUAGCCAAUGUCAUGCACUGUCUUCAACGCAAAGGUUAGAGAAGGGGAAGUUCACGCAGACCAAAAUGAACCAUGAACGGUGUGGUCUAAAACAAUCCCAUUUAGAUCAGUUUGAUCCUAAUGGGAAUGACGGAGUAUUCGGUCCUUUUUUGAACUGCGUUAUCCUGGUGCCUCCAAUUGGUAGCUACCCACCAGCAGUCAUUGUGCGCUGGUCACCCGAACAUUUCCACAGUGACAUAUUGAAAAGGGCACCAGCGAAACUCCCGGUUAGAAGGGAUCGGCCCUAUCAAUCGGAUCUGAGGGUACAACCAAGUGGGGAAAAUGUUCCAAUUGCUCCAGGUGUACGGAUGCCUUCCAAAAGUUUGAUAAAAUCAGAAUCGACGAGGAAAAGUCAGGACGAUUCACUCGUUUGUUUUUCGAGGGUGGACAAGAUUGGUAAAAAGCCAAAAGAGCUCUACCAAAUGGAUGUGAACAGCACUCAAGCCAUUGCUACGCACCCAAAUACUUCAACCGAACUGGAGAAUAACGAAGGCUACUUAAGGACUUUUCGUUGCAUCUACGUGGAGGUAGUGAUGCGUCGUGAUCUGGAAGGCGUCGCCCGUCCAGAUUAUUUAGCUCAGAUAGAAGCGCGAACAGUGCACAUGAUGCUUCUCCGUAAGCUCAAAAAUGCCGUUGCAACACACAUUCUUGGUUGCAUGAGCAAGAGAACAGAUUCUGAAUACACAGCCUCUGAGUCCUCGGAACUGCCUCCUGGCAUGUCUGAGUUGGGUGAUCGGGGCAGCACUGAAAGUUCGGGAAUUAUUUCUCAGUGUUGCGAAAACAAUGUGUUUAGAAAGGAGCCUCCAGAACCCGGAAUCACGGUUUGGCCAAAUAAUUUUUCCGUUCGACAGAGGACCACAGGAUUGAAAAGCUUCUUGGUACGUGUUGGGAAAAUGUAUAAAUAUCUCCCUACCUCAACGGUGAGCCGCAAAUAUUCUGGUUCCAGUGGUGUAUACGUGUUCACCUCAGGUCUGCAACAUACGAAGCUUCCGAAACCGUGGUGGGAUCACGUGAGGAGCGUCGAAAGCCCUUCGGAUCAUCGAAGCGCAGGAGCCUGGAAAAUCCAUCCCCUCGAUUUAACCGUUGGUGGCCUAAUCAAUUACGAACACCAUUUACAAAUUUUAGUCAGUUCAAAUGAUGGACGUUUGGGUGUUGUCUGCUGUCAUGCAGAUGCUCUUGUCACGGAACUCAUUGGAAAAGGGACAAGGUAUGUAAUUAACCGAAAAAGUACGGCAGUCGAAUCCAAUCCUUCAGGAGUGUCUGCCUCUGGCGAUUCCAUCCGGAUGUUUAUCAAGUCACCUCUUCUGGCGCGUCUACUCGCAUCAAAUGGGAUGGAUCUGGCCAUGGCAGUUGGACUGGAAGAUCUUGGAUUGGGAGUCUCGGUCAUACCAAAAGAGUCUUUAGUAACACAUGCGUUUAAAUGGGACACAAUUGUAGUUUACACGAAGAGUGCCGGCGGUGUUCUGGACCACGGAAUAAUCAAACUGUUGACUAUGGGAAUUCAACGGUUGCGUGCAAUAAGCCUGGAUUUGGCCCAGUCAGCUACAAAACUGCGAAGACAAGUUAUGCCAGUUGAGUCGGUGAACUACUUGUAUCGCAAAUUGCAUGAGAAUAGUUCUAAGCUGCUUAUAGGAACUGGAAGUUUUUGGCCAUAUUUUGAGUUGCACAAGGAGUUGCAAAGCGUGUCCACAACUUAUCACGGGACUUUGGGGCAUUGUAUUCGUGGAAAUGCCUACUGUUCAGCUGAAAUACAUCCGAGAGCACCUGAUCCUGAUGCAUUUGAAGUAUUCCGCACACUGUUUGAUCCAAUAUUAUCACACUUUGCCUCCGUAUUGAAUGCCACCUGUCAGCCUGAUUCAUAUUAUCACGUACCCAAGGAAUUGAAUACAAAGGUAAACAUUCCCAACGUACUGAGAUACCGCGUGCGUUUUGUGCGUAACAUCGCUGGCUUCCCUUUUUCGCCUAUCAUGACCGUGAACGAAUAUGAGACAGUGGAACGGAUAUGCAAGGAAGCUCUACUUGCAUGGAAAGAGGAGGGUUCCGGAAAUUGGUAUAGAUUACAAGAUAUUGAGGACCAAAAUCCAAAGCUGUACCAUCAUCUUCAAAGAAGGCAUCUUCUGACGCCAAAUCAGACUGCUAUACGAAAAGCUUGUGGGAACUACCGCUUCUGGCCACAAGGCAGGAGUGUGUACAUUGCUCCAUCCAAACACCCGGCCUGUGAUCUUGUCGUUCAAAUUAAUCACGAAGACCAUUUACGUGUAAUCUGUGUGGACUGGUCAGGAAAGCAUCCGUAUCUUGCAUACAGUCGUGCUACUCGGCUAAUCGCAUGGCUAGAUGGACGGCUAAAUUUCAGCAGAAGCCCUAAAUGGGGCUACUUGAGUCCGUUAGUAAGCAAUGUGGGCACAGGGAUGCAACUGAGUGCAUGGUUGAAACUACCCAGAUUAGAGAAGAACAUUGCACUGGUUGAACGUGUUUGCACGCGAUACCGUCUGCGAUUCGGUUCCACGUGUCCACAUGGCAUAUCGUCAAUGAAUCAGAUUUUUGAUGUCGCACCAAUUUCAUCAUUGGGUCGCAGUGAGUCCCAGAUUGCAACAGGCUUUAUACAGUCAUUGCGUCGGAUUUGCAAGGUAUAUGGAAAACAUUCU